AUGGCUGCAGGAGACAGGAUAUUGAGCCUUGACGGUGGAGGUAUUCGAGGACUCAUUAUGCUCGAGAUCUUGGAUGCGAUCGAGAAGGAAGCAGGCACGCCAACCAAAGACUUGUUUGACUGGAUUGGCGGUACAAGCACUGGAGGAAUUAUUGCGCUGGGUAUUUCCACGGGCAAACCCAUCUCUGAAAUUAGACAAAUGUACUACCAAUUGAAGGACCAAGUAUUCAACGGCUCAAAACCGUACGCAUCUGCACCAAUAGAAACACUGUUAAAACAGACUUUUGGGGAAAACAAAGUUAUGACGGACAUAACACAUCCAAAGGUCCUGAUUACAGGAGUUUUAGGAGACCACAGUCCGUGGAAACUUCACCUGUUUCGUUCUUACAUGAAAGAAUACAAGCCAGAACAAGGAUUUUUGCCUAUCAAACCAGCCAAUACGCAGCUCAUCUGGGAGGCAGCUCGCAGCACGUCUGCCGCCCCCACAUACUUUCAUCCGUACAAACAGUACUAUGACGGAGGCCUGUUGUCCAACAACCCUACUCUUGACAUUCUAACAGAAAUUCAGGGAUGUAAAACUGGACCAACGCCAACACAGAAGGCUGCACCAGGCAGAUCUCUGAACGUGGUUCUUUCACUUGGUUGCGGGCAUUCGAAUUAUGCACCUAUAGAUCCCGUUCCAGACCCACAAGGGCUAAGUCGAGAUUUCAAAAAAGACAUACAAGUGAUUCUUGAUGAUGAAAUGUUUUAUCAAGAAGUCAUACACCGGAUUACACUGUCGAACGGGCCAAUGACGGAUCGUGCCAGAGCUUGGUGCGAGAUGAUUGAGGUACCGUUCUUCCGCUUGAACCCGCUCCUGUCAGAGGAUGUUCCCAUGAACUGUGUCGAUGAACAAACGAUCAACAGGAUGGUUAAGGAAACGAAAGCCUAUAUCGGGCAGAACAUUGCUGACAUAAAGACGGUCGCGAAGCUUUUGACGAAGAAGUAGAUCGCGAUACCUUAUUUUAAGAAGAACGUGGACAUCAUGAACGAAUGUCACUAAACUGUUUAAAAGGUCAACAUGAAAAAAGCCAUCAUUUAGGUGUUAAUGUUUUCACUAUUCAAUCUAUAUAAAUGCACUUAUAUAAUACUGAAUCAAUAUGCAACGUAGCCCGCCCGCUUUCAAAC